AGGAGAAACCUGAGACACUCACUUCUUUGCAACGGACGACAACCUGCUCCUGAAACCUCACCAUGUCUUGCCACAACUACUGCUCCGGAAACUACACCUUGGGGUCUCUCGGGAGUCCCUGUCACAUUCCCGUCGCCUCCUCCGUCGGCCUCUACACUCCGAGUGUGAGCGUCGGAGAUGCUCUCUGCUUGCCCAGCAGCUGUCAGGACCGAACCUGGAUCCUGAGCAAUGGCCAGGAGACCUGCAGUGAACCUACCAGCUGCCAGCCAGCCAACUGUGAGCCCAGCAGCUGUGAAACUUCCAGCUACCCUUCUUCUGGUUGCUAUGUGCCAAGACCCGGCCACGGAACCAGUUUUCCUCCGGCUUCUUCUUACCUCUCUGGAUCCUGCCUCUCAGUGUCUUAUAGACCACUGACCUAUGUGUCCAGCUGCUCACGACCCUCGAGCCUUCUCCCUUGUGGAUAUCGCCCCUCGGGUUCUUUGCCCUGUGGUUUUCAUCCCAUCAGCAUUGUGUCCAGCGGCCUCAGACCUCUGCGCCCUGUCUUCAGUGGAUGCCAAACUCUGCCUUAUGUGUUCAGUCCUUACCGUCCGUCUUGCUCUACCUAAGGAAGCCUGUAGCUUCGUUAUUCUGGCCAAUACUCACGCUAAAGAUCAAAGAUGAAAAUUCGAACUCCACGCGCUUCUGCUCUUUUCCUAGCAGUGACUGCUUUUUCUUGAUUUUUCUGUGCCUGAUCCAAUGAAAGCUGUUCCUUUCCCAUUUUCAUCUUUUUUUCAUCUCUCCUUAGCAUAAAAUUAUGGUUUGCAAUGCUCUUCAAUGUUAAUUGGGUGUGGGAAGAAUUUAUUCGGUUUGGAUUAUAAUAAAUGUGUUUAAGUCAGAACUAA